GUAUUUAGUUGACGAGUUGAUUGACUUUGGACAAGAUCGUUUAGUGUCUCUGCCUGUGGUUUUUCGAAGAUUAUUACCAUUUCUAAUUACUAUAUUCUUAGCAUUUCGUUCUGAUGACAAGAUGAUAACAACUUUUCAUAAUUAACGUACGGCAUUGUGUAUUUUUUCUUUAUGAUGUGAUAGCGACAGUGGUAUUAUGAGCGGGUCAUAAACUUUACCCCGAGAUAUUGAAUUAUCAAUGUUUAUUGUUGAUUUAGAUGAAAAUUCAAGAACCGCGUCUUACAUUUUGUUUUGAAAACAGUUCGCGUUGGAUGAGCCGGCUAGCAGUGUAUGCUGUGUGUUAUCAAGUUAUCAUUAUUAUCGAAUGCCUAUUGUGAAUUGUUUUGUGUAAAAUUAUAUUUUUUGCGGCGUUUCGUUGACGGUAGCCCCCAAAUCCAAGAUGGCGUCGCCCCACCGACCAGUGACCAAGAAGCUGAUCAACUCACCCGCGUCAUGCGUGGACGACAACCUGCGCGGCGUGGCGGCGCUGCUGCCGCGCCUGCGCCUGCACCCGCGCCAUCGGGUCGUCACUGUCAAGCAGAAGUCUGAUUCCGGGAGAGUGGCAAUCCUUGGCGGCGGGGGCUCCGGCCAUGAACCAUUUGCUGCAGGUCUAGUGGGUGCAGGCAUGCUUGACGGCGCAGUGGCCGGGGGCGUGUUCGCAUCGCCCCCCACCGGACACGUGCUGUACGCCAUCGCACACUUGUACAAGUACAACUCGGGCGGUGUCUUGGUUAUUAUUGGAAAUUACACUGGAGACCGACUGAACUUCGGAAAAGCUAUUGAGAAAGCAAAGAUUGCGGGAAUCAAGGUGGAAGGCCUGAUCGUGGGCGAGGACGUGGCGUCCAGCCACAACAAGACCGGCGGCCGCAGCAUGUGCGGGGAGGUGUUCUUCUACAAGCUGUGCAGUGCCAUGGCAGCGCAGGGCUUCGACUUGGACGCCAUCCGGAGUAUGGCGGUAGAGGCCAACACACACAUGGCCACCCUGGGAGUGUGUCUGAGUGCUUGCUCGUUACCUGGUCAGCCGCCGCUGUUCGAAAUCGCUGAUGAUGAGAUGGAGCUCGGCGCCGGCGUGCACGGCGAGGCCGGCAUCAGAAAAAUGAAAAUGGGGACAGCAGCCGAAGUGGUGCAGAUGAUCCUCGAUAAGAUCAUAGACCACCUGAAGUUAGUAGCAGGCGACAAAGUAGUGGCGAUGAUCGACAAUUUAGGAGGCACUUCCAUUAUGGAGAUGAACAUUCUUUGCGGAGAAACUAAAGCGUAUUUGGAAAACCACCACAUAACCCUCUGCCGAACAUACGCGGGCCACAUGAAGACUUCCCUCGAGAUGCACGGGUUCCAGAUCUGCCUGCUGCGGCUGCCUGCAGACCGCCGGGAGAACUGGCUGCGACUGUUAGACCAUCCCACUGAGGCUCUAGGGUGGGCCGGGUCACAGCUGAGCGUGGCGGAUGGAGAGGAUAAUGUGGGCGAUGAUGAUGGGCUGCUGAAGAGUAGUGAGAGGAAGGGUAACCUAGGGCCCGCCCUCUCGCCGGCACAGCAGCAGACAUUCCGUACUUCCCUGAUGAGAGCAUCUCAAGCGCUGGUGGCGGCCGUGGACCAGCUCAACCGACUGGACUCCGGCUGUGGGGACGGAGACUGCGGGACUACGCUUAAGAAGUUCGGACAAGCAAUCCUGUCAUACCUGGACUCCCAGCCGCUAUCCCUAGUCGAGUACCCGUCCAAUGUGCUGUGGGACCUGUCGGAGAUGGCGGAGACCGACAUGGGAGGGACCUCGGGCGGCAUCUACAGCCUGGGCCUGGCCGCCGCGUCGCAGGCCGUGGCCAGUGCACAAACGAUAGACCGUGUGACGUGGCUGCAAGCCCUGGAAAGUGCAAUGGAAGCUAUAACUAAGUAUGGAGGCGCGGAACCGGGAGACCGAACUAUGUUGGAUACACUGCAUGCAGUGUCAAUAGCCUUCAAAGAGAACCUAUCUGUAGACUGGGCCACACUGGUGCAGAAGUUGAGAUCUGCAGCUCAGGAAGGCGCGGUUUCUACCGCCACUAUGGUUGCAAGGGCGGGGCGAGCGUCCUACGUGUCCAGUGAGUACACGCGCGACGAGGACGCCGGCGCACGCGCAGCCGCCGUGUGGCUGCACGCGAUUGUCGACUCUAUUGCCAGCACAUAGAGAAUAUACUAUAGUGGGAGAGAGUGUCUUGUCUGGGUGUAUUAGAGUAAAGGAAAGUAUAUUUUGGCACGCGAUAGUCGACUCUAUUGCUAAGACACAAAAGAUAAACUAGAGUGAAGUGUGUUUUGUAUGAACACCAUAUUUUACUCUAUUGCCAACGCAAAAUAAACUAAAGUGGCGUACGUAA